ACUAAACCUUUAAUAAAGGGAAGAAGUAAAAUGACAAGAAAGAAAUAAGUAUCAAACUACAAUUUCAUACACAUUUGCAUUAUUCAUUGCAGGUUCAUGUAAAUCUUGCUGUCCAGCAAAUUGAAGUUUUGAUUUUUGAGAGAGAUGGCACAACAGCUCCAAUUACGAGUGAUAAAGGCUGCAAAAGAUCUCCCUACACUAUUGGGAGAGGAGGCACAAAAGCUGUGUCAUCCAAUAAUCAUAGCAACAAAGGGCCAUCCCUGCACUGGCAGGAGACUAUUGGCCUUUUUGCUGGCUGCAACACUCAGAUGUCCACUUAUCAAGGAAGACGACAUCGGCGAAGAGCCUAACCAAGCUUCUAAUUACCAAUUGGUUUGCCAAAUUGCUUCAUCCCAGCUUGAAUUCGGGCUCUCUGUUGUUGUUGAUUCGCAACUCUGUAACAAGUCUCAGUUUACUCAACUGGAAAGCCUUUCCAAAUGUACUGAAACCCCACUCGUCAUUGUUGAAUGUCAAGCACUCGAUGAGUCUAAGCUGUGGUAGAGUUUAGAGAAAGUAGAAGAUGCAGCUUUUGCCACUCGCUGGUGGGACAAGCAGUCUUCCAUGGAAGAUCUUCGCAGACUGUUAGGUGAAUUCAAUGCUCACUCAGACUAUGAUGUAGCUAAUAUCCCCAAGUUCAUUGCUACCAUUACACCAGCUGAGGAUAUUAAGAAAUGUGUUUCUUAUGCUUUACAAUCCAUUGCUAACCUCGUUGAAACUGAUCGUCAUCAAGCUCAAACUGCAAAAUGUGAAUGCCAUGAGUUUGAGUUCGGAGAUGAGCAAGAGAACAAACAAGUCAAAUGCGCCGAGUGCUUGCAGAAGAUAACAGGACCCAUCUACAAAUGCAACAAAUGUAACUUCAUCUUUCACAAAUCAUGCACCGAGUUACCAAUAAUGAUGCAACACCCUUCUGAUCCAUUUCCUCUCUAUCUCAAAAAUGGGGCAGCCGAAAACCACAAGGGUGAAGCCAAGUGCAAUUGCUGUAAAAAAAUUCUCACAGGAUACUUCUAUAGUAAUACCAGUGAUUCAUCGGGCUCUGUCCGACUUGAUCUCAACUGCCUUUUUUUGCCCUUCAACCGUAUAGUAAAGUUUCACAACCACCCGUUACGACUUUCUCUUGAAGAAGUUGAUUUUAAAUGUGAUGCAUGUGGGAUUUUGAUUGAUCAAAAACUUAGCUACACUUGUAACCGAUGUGGAUUCAGGAUAGAUCCAAAUUGUGCUUGGUUACCAGAGACAGCAGUGUUUGAACGCCAUCGAUACCUAUUCAAGCUCUCACUGUCGCCACGGGACGAUUCUGAUGAGUAUUACUAUGAUGUUUGUGAGACAGAAAGGGAUCCAAAUUACUGGAUCUACUACUGUGUGGAGUGUGAUUAUCCUUCUCAUACCCGUUGCCUUGUACCAGCAGCUUGGCCUCCUUUAGAAUCGGAGUCUGACAACAAAUAGUCUUAUUGUGUUAGUAUCUAUAUAUACUAUAAUAAGGUUAGCUAGAAUUUUACAUUGUAAUUUCGAGUAUCUUCAGAAUGCUCAGAAUGUGUUCGAUGAUAUGUCCAAGUGGAACUCAUGUUGCAUUAAUAUACUGCAUACACGCAGCGUCAACUCAGUGACUGGGUACAGAGAAGAUAGAUUGAACAUCCAAAAUGGUUCAAGUUCAAGCUGCACAAAAAUGGGAGAGGGAACGGGCACUUAGAAGAGUUUUAGGCUCUGUUUGGUAGAGUUUUGGAAUUCUAGUUUCACUCAUUGGUUUGAGUGUGGUGCUUGGUGAGAGCUUUCAAAAAUUGAUUCUACACCCAUGGUUGAAAA